AUGAAAAUCCUAGCAUGGAACUGUCGUGGGCUCGGGAAUACCGCGACAGUUCGGCAAUUGGCGCAUCUUGUGCGCCAUCAUCAACCCGACUUAUUGGUCCUUUCUGAAAUUCGGUUGCCACCUGAGAAAUUCAAUAGAGUUUGUUCUAAGCUUCAUUUCAUUGACUCGCACUAUGUGCCUUCGGUGGGACUCUCGGGAGGAUUAGGCAUGUGUUGGAUGAAAGGGGUUAGCUGCAAUAUUCAAGUCUCUUCUAGAUACUCGAUCAUUGGAGAGAUUUCCUCGGACCCCCCGGGAAUUCCAUGGAUCUUAGUGGGCACCUACGGGCCUCCCAAUAGUGUGGAUAAAGAGCUCUUUUGGUUUAAGAUGGGUGACUAUGCCCUCAAAACUACUCAUCUGAUCCUCUUCUUAGGGGACAUGAAUGGAACUCUGAAGGAUAGUGAAUGCUUUCAUUACCACGGGAGUGUGUCUAGAUACUCGUUCGACUUCAGGCGUAUGGUGGAUAGAGCGGGAUUGAUUGACUUGGGUUUCCUAGGCCUGGCCUUCACUUGGGUUAAAGGGAGUACAAACCCGUCAGUAGGGGUAGCCAUGAAAAGAGCUAGACUUGAUCGUGGGCUUGCCUCUUCGGAAUGGAGAAUCCUAUUCCCUCAAGCGAUCAUCAACCACCUCGCUGCCUCUAAGUCGGACCACAGGCCCCUGCUGCUCGAUACAAUGGGAGGUGCCAAUUGCAAGGGACGGCAGUUCAAGUAUGAAAAUAUGUGGGCGCGCGACCCUCAGAGUUUUUGGGUGGUGAAGGAAGCUUGGAAACAUAGAAGGCACCCCAAUCCCAUGAUUAACUUUCACAAGAAAGGGAAAGCCACUAGUCGAAAGCUCUUGAGUUGGAAUAAGACGCAAUUUAAACACUUAUCUCAGCAAGUUCACAAGGCUAAGUCCCAACUCGAAGAGGCAGAAAAGAACAUAACCAAUGUGGCUGACCUCAAAAAUGCAAAACAACAGCUCUCAGAAGCUCUCCUUAGGGAAGAAAUCCAUUGGAGGCAAAAAUCUAGAGUUCAAUGGCUAAAAGAAGGGGACAUGUGCUCUAAGUUUUUUAUGGCUUCGACGGUUAUAAGGCGUAGAAGGAACUAUAUCCAAUGUAUCAAAGAAAAUUCGGAUGGCGACUGGAUACGAGAUCAGGACAAAAUUGCUCGCUGCUUUCUUAACCGAUUUAAGGAGACAUUCACAAAAGACCACCCAAGCCCCGUUCAGUUGAGUCCAGCUCUGUUUCAGAAAGUCUAG